AGGAACGAAAGCAAUGCUCGAUUGUGUUUAUCAAAAGAACCUAUUGGAUCUUGUUAUGUGCUGUUGCGAACCCCAUGCUUUGACAUACUGUUGUUGUUGUUGCUGCUGCUAACGCACCCGCUUCAUGGCAGAGGAGGAUUUGCAGUUUGAUUUGUGAACAAGUGCGUGCUCACCAGUCUACUGGUUGAUCAACACAUAUAUGGUACGCUUGGGUGAACACAUGCAAUUUCCAAUGGACAAUAGUCUGGCUCCUCGGAACUUUAUAUGAACCGUGGAUAUCGAAAAUAAAUUUCUCAAAACAUUGGACGAAUUCGAUAGUUGAUGCUUCACGUGAGAACAUGGUACACUGCGUCACGUGUAAAAGGACUUUUAAAAGUCGAAUUGGAAAAACUAAAGACACGCGAUGUGAAAGCUGCGCAAAACUAUGGCGGGAAUUGCAAAUACGCGAGGACGAUGAGGGCCGAAAAGAAAGGAACCGAGAACUAGAUAUAAUGGAAAAGGAACUUGAGAUCAAGAAAAAGCAACUUGAGAUGGAGAGACAGAAAGUUACAAUAAAGGAAAUGUUUCCAGCCGGGGGGACGAUAGAGUUGACGUGUUAUUAUGAUGACAGCAUGCAGGAGAAAGUUAGAAGUCUUAUGAAAGGUGCAUAUUUGGCAUUGCCAUCCUCAACAACAACAGCAACAACAACGCAAAACGACAGGGAGCAGCUCGUAGACAAAAUGCCAAGAGAAUAUUCAUCGCCUUUCGGACAACAUGAUAUAAAAAGCGGUGCUGAUGCCACGGGUUACAAACGAGUUCAUUUUGAGCCAGAAAUUAACAGGUCUUCGUCAUCAAGGAACAGUUCAACAUUUGAAAUAAAAGAACACCCUGAGUACCGUAAACAUAGGAAGCUGCCUUCCGUCGAAGCAAUUCGAAAUAGGAUGACCAGCAGACAAAGACUGGAAGAUGAAGGAUCCUCGUUUGGAAGCGGAGGUUCUGCUGACUAACAAGUUCUGUGUGGCGUAUAUAAGAAAUGAUAUUUUAUUCUUAAAGCGUCUUACAAAAUGAAUGAAGGCAGAGAUUGGUGUAACAAUUUUCAAAGCUAUUUCACUGAUGAAACCCUUCAGACAGCUAAGACCAACAGCUAAAACAAUUGCGCGGCUCGACGAGUGACAAGUCAGACAUGGAAUAAUCGAGAGCAGUUCUCGGUCUGCUAAAGUCAUAAUCGUUUCGGUCUGAAAUAAAAUAUUUCGCCAUACAUCUAAUGAAGUAGAAAAACGAAAACGACUAUUUAUUUUAUCAGCAUGCUUUUAAAUUCUACGAGGCUGUUAAGGUACUAUCAGGUAAAAAUACUCUUGAAUAGGCCUGGAAUGCUUCACUGAAUUGAAGCCCAAAAUGAAGGAAUAGAGGUUUUCUAAAGGAAAAGAAAGAACUUUGUUUCGAAGUCUAGAUAAACAAGUAAAGACAUCAGAAUUGUGAACUGACAUUGUUAAAUAAAGAAUGAAUAAAUUAACAGUAAACGAAAUUGGUAUACCUAUAAAAUGUUAAUUGGAGAUUUAUAACUAAAUGACAGCCAUAAACCAAUCACAUGACAUAAA